UGCAUCCACACGAGGAUGGUGGACGUUGAGUUGUUAUAGCCGUGAUUUAUAUUGACGGGUCCCCGGUUCUCGCCAAGCGGAUGUCGAUGCAGGAAGUGGCAGACAGAAAGCACAGGUAGCCCUCAACUCACAAUCCUGGCGUGCCAAGAGCUGAGCGUUGAGGUGAGACGUUGUUUCCUCAACCGCCCGGGCAUGUGAGGGAACAGGGUCGUGACCAGGCAUGGCGGUGCGGAAGAAGGUGAACCCGAGGCUAGUCGGUGGGACAACCCUCGGCCCCGGUGUCGAGAUUGAUGUUAACGAAAACUCGAGGGUGGAAUCCCAAGCCAAGUCGCUGCGGACAAGAUACGGCUACAGACAACCCGCUUCACAAGGUUUCCCUCGCUCCCUACUCGACGACCAUGGGAUGGGACCGGCUUCUGCAACUUUUCCUCUCGACUCUGUCCCGCGCCACGCCCGCGCAAUGGUGCCAGGGCUUCUUCCUCCUCGCGGCCGGAGGCGUCGCUGCUGUGGCAGCGUUGCCGCGUGAGGCGAAGACCCUCCUGGUUGACUACGGCGCUCGGAAAUCUCAGAAGCCGUCAGCAAAUACACCCUCCCCCCUCAGGGCCCCAGACCGCGGCUGGUUGCUUUCGCUCAUCGGCACUGUCACGUCGUGGACGCAGGUCCCCCAUUCAUGGUUCAGCGCCUUCUAUGUCGUGUCGCUAGCGUGUUCCGUCUUUUGGCUUGUCCAAUACCUUGGCAGCGGAGCUGUGCUACGGUCCAUUGCAUCCCGCCAGGCGUCCGCGGGCGAGCCUUCCUGCACGCUAGGACAGGCGGCAUUGGGCUGGCUCAUGCUCUUCCUCCAAGGCACCAGGCGCGCCUACGAGCACGCGGCUGUCAUUAGACCGUCCAAGUCAACCAUGUGGAUUGUGCACUGGCUGCUCGGUCUCUCCUUCUAUCUCGCCAUGAGCGUAUCCAUCUGGGUGGAAGCAGCUGGUGCGCUCUUGGACCCUGCGGCUGGUCACACUGAUGACGCCCAGUCUCUCUUGAAGAUGGCUGCCGCAGUCCCCGCCUUUCUGUUUGCCUGGGUCAACCAGUACAGGUGUCACAAGCACCUCGCCGGGCUGAAGAAGUAUUCAUUACCCGAGGGCGGCAUGUUUCGCCGCUGCAUCUGCCCCCACUACACCUGCGAAUGUCUCCUGUAUCUCUCCAUGGCCGUUGCCACGGCUCCCCGCGGUGCGUGGUGUAACAGCACGCUGCUGUGCGCCCUGGUUUUCGUCGCAGUCAACCUCGGAGUCACGGCAUCGGGAACCCGCGAGUGGUACAUCGAGAAGUUCGGCAACGGCCCGGUUGCGGACAAGUGGAACAUGAUUCCGUUCUUCUUCUGAGGUGCUUCGAUUCCA